AACUGGAAAAAAUCCUUCAACAGUAAAUAUUCUAAAGCAGGAGGAGAUACCCUACACUGUGAAAAAACAUACAGUUGUGGAGCCUGUAGAAAAGAAUUUGGAACAAAUAGUGAACUAAAAAGGCAUGAGAGGAUACACACUGGUGAGAAACCCUAUAGUUGUGUAGUGUGUGGCAAACAAUUUGGAAGAAGUGGUGAUUUAACAAUACAUCAGAGAGUUCAUACUGGGGAGAAACCAUACAGUUGUCAAAUCUGUGGAAAAGAAUUUGGAUUAAAUGGUAACCUGAAAAUACAUCAGAGAAUACACACUAGGGAGAAACCAUAUAGUUGUGUAGUGUGUGGCAAAAAAUUUGAAACAAGUAGUGAACUGAAAAAGCAUGAUAGGAUACACACUGGUGAAAAAUCAUACUUUUGUAGAGUAUGUGGCAAAAAAUGUGGAAGAAUAGGUGACCUAAAAAUUCAUCAGAGAACACACACUGGAGAGAAACCAUUCUGCUGCGGAAUAUGUGGAAAAGAAUUUGGAAAUAAUAGUAAUCUAAAAAUACAUGAAAAAUUGCACACUGGGGAAAAGCCAUACAGUUGUGUAAUCUGUGGAAAAGGAUUUGGAAGAAGUUCUAGCCUAAAAAUACAUCAGAGGAUACACACUGGGGAGAAACCAUAUGUCUGUGUAGUGUGUGGCAAAGAAUUUGUUACAAAUAGUGAACUGAAAAAACAUGAGAGGAUACACACUGGUGAGAAACCCUAUAGUUGUGUAGUGUGUGGUAAAAGGUUUGGAAGAAGUGGUGACCUAAAAAUACAUCAGAGAGUUCAUACUGGGGAGAAACCAUACAGUUGUGAAAUCUGUGGAAAAGAAUUUGGAAACAAUAGUAAUUUAAAAAUACAUCAAAAAUUACACACUGGGGAGAAACCAUACAGUUGCAUAGUGUGUGGCAAAAAAUUUGGAAGAAAUACUGAAUUGAAGAAGCAUGGAAGGAUACACACUGGUGAGAAACCAUACAACUGUGUAGUGUGUGGUAAAAAAUUUGGAAGAAGUGGUGACCUAAAAAUUCAUCAGAGAGUCCAUACUGGAGAGAAACCGUACAGUUGUGGAAUCUGUGGAAAAGGAUUUCGAAUAAGUAGUAACCUAAAAAUACACCAGAGAAUACACACAGGGGAGAAACCGUAUAUUUGUUCAGUGUGUGGCAAAGAUUUUGUGAGUAAAAGUGAACUGAAAAAACAUGAUAGUGUACACACUAUGGAGAGACCAUACAGUUGUGUAGUGUGUGGCAAGAAAUUUCAAAGGAGUAGUAACUUGAAAGAUCAUGGAAGAACACACACUGGGGAAAAACCGUACAGUUGUGUAAUAUGUGGCAAAGAAUUUAUAAGUACUAAUAGCUUGAGAAAACAUACCUUACGAAAACAUGAAAAGACACACACUAGGGAAAAUCUAGAUCUAAUAGUGGCAGAGGUUGUCAUGGAUGGACAGUCUGUUUUACAAUUAAAAUUAGAAAGUGAAGAAAAGGAAGAUAAAGUUUAUAUUUCAUCUUAUGAGGAUACACACAUAAUUAGAAAAGACACAGUCAAGAAAACAACUAUAACAGAAGAAGAAUCAUCUGUUUCCUUUGGAAAUGAAAUAGUUUCUAUGUUCAGUGAGAGUGAUGAUGAAACUCGAUGGUACACUGAAAGUGUGGUAAAAAUGGAACUGUUGGAUUCUGAAACUUUGAGUAAAACCAGCAGCCACAACGUUAGUGAGUGUGGAACAUUUGUAUCAGUACAGAACAUAACAAGUACUAAAACUAAAAAUCAUCAUGGUGAAAAUGGUGAUAAGGAUUUUCUUACACAUAAUUCAGAAAACAAAGAAUGGACAUACCUGUGUGACAGGUGUGGAAAGAAAUAUCCGUAUGGUCAUGCCUUACAGCAACAUCUGCUGACCCAUACAGAUGAUAGACUUUUCAGUUGUGAUUUGUGUGGGAAACAUUUUAUAGAUAUUUCAGUCUUGAAACAACAUCAGGGGAUACACAGUGAAUAUCCAUCUUUUACUUGUGAUAUUUGUGAGAAGCAGUUUACACGAAGUAGAAGCCUGAGAAAACAUUUCAUGAUACAUGCUGGUGAGAAACCAUUCAAAUGUGACAUGUGUGGGAAAAGGUUCUCAGAAAGUGGAAACUUAAGAAGGCAUCAGAUGAUCCAUGCAAGUGAGAAACCCUUCAAGUGUAAUAUAUGUGGUAAAAGGUUUACCCAGAGUGGGACCUUAAAGCAACAUCAUUUGAUCCAUACAAGCGAAAAACCAUUUACUUGUGAUGUUUGUGGAAAAAAGUUCAAAAGUAAGGGAGAAAUAAGACGACAUAAUAUGAUUCACACAGGAGAGAAACGUUUCAGUUGUGACAUCUGUGGGAAAAGAUUUAGUCAGAACUGCAGGGUGAAAUAUCAUCGACUGAAACAUGCUCCUUUUCUUUUAAUGAAGAAGUUGAUGCAGCAGGGUAAGGAUGCAACAGUUGAUUUAAACCAUUGACAAACAUUGCAUGUAUUAUGUUUGUUAUUAAGAAUUAGAAGAAAAUAUAUUUCUUUAUUCAAAUCAUUCAGAAGAUUUUCAUGUUCAUUGUAUGUUUCUAAAAGGUAAUAUAGUGUAUCAUUUAUGUAAGGUUAGUUUUUUUACUUAUUUUUUGCCUUUUUUUGGUUAAGUGCCAAAAAUUGGCAAAGCAUUAGAAAUCAAUAGGCCUAAAAAUUGUGUUAAAAGUCAUGUAGAUGUUUUUGUUUUUCCACAUUCCUCUUAAUUUGUCAAUCGCAGAUCCAAAAUCAGAGGUCUAUUUUCUGUCUUCUAGAAGUCACUGCUCAAGAGGCUUUUCUUUAAUACCAGAACUUGUCAGUUGGGCUGGAGAAUGACAGAAAAAAGAUCCUACAAAACCUUAUUUAUAUAUGCAGGAUGAUACUUUAAACUGCUGUUUUUACACACCUUUGAUUUGGUGGCUGGACAGUUCACUACUGAACAUUUUGCUACUGGUCAGCUCACUACCAGUCUUUUUUGUUACUAGGGUAUUUUGCUACUAGGUCAUUUUGCUACCUGAUAAUUUUAUGUCAUAAUCUCCCUUACAUAUCUUAUUUAAGAUAAUAAAAUAAAAUUUCAUCAGUAUUAGUUCAUUAAACAAACACUCCAGUCAGUAAAAUAUUAGUAAAUAUUUCUUCAAUAUUAAUUUAUUAGAGAAAAACUCCUUCAAAAUAAAAAAGGCUUUUAUGUUGUAAAGCAUUUUAUUUAAAAUGUUGAAAGAUCUGAACUUUUUAAAAAUGAUUCAGGCUUUCCUCGAAUAGAUGUAGAGCCAUAAUGAGCUAUUUUUAUGUAGCUGGAACAGGUAGCAAAAUGACCUGGUAACGAAAUACCCUAGUAAUGAAAAGACCGGUAGCAAAAUGUCAAGGAAUGAAAUGUUCAGUAGCAAACUGUCCUAGAACCCUUUGGUUUUUAAUCCACAAUGGACAAGAGGAAUGUGGAAAAAAUGACAUCUGCAGUUAGCAUGAUUUUUAUCACAAGUUUUAGAGUUUUAAUAUUAUUAUUUGCCUGUUAGGAUGAACAUUCAACACAUCAGUUCAUUUGCAUCAGUGGCAAAAUGUCAAUUUUGUUUUUCCUGGUCUGUAAGAAUUAAUGUAAUAUUAUUAAAUAAAUAUUUUUUUUGAUUAAA